AUGGCGCCCAUACAUCGAAUCUUCUCAUCGGCCACCAGUAAGCCCUACCGAACUACAAAACUCCAGGAUGAAAACCCUCCAUACUUGAAUGAGAAUGGUUACGUUGACUUUGCGCCUGACGAUAUAAGAAAUCCCCAAAAUUGGUCUACGCCUCGAAGAUGGGCCGUCACAUUGUCUGCCGUGUUGCUCGUCCUUAAUGCCACUUUUGCCUCGAGUUCGCCGAGUGGUUGCUUUCCAUCCCUGGCAAAGCAUUUUCAUGUGUCUGAGCUGGUCGCAGGUCUAACCAUUACCCUAUUCCUUUUGGGAUAUUGCGCCGGACCACUCAUCUUUGCGCCUCUGAGUGAAGUGUACGGACGAAGAUGGAUCUUUUACAUCACCUUCUCGUUAUACCUCAUUUUCAACUUCCUAUGUGCUUGGGCACCCAACUUCGGCGCACUUCUUGUUGGUCGUUUCCUCACAGGAACUUUUGUCUCUGCACCCCUUAGCAACUCACCAGGCGUCCUUGCUGAUCUUUGGUCUCCUAUCGAGCGCGGCAAUGCCAUGGCUGGAUUCGCUGCUAUGGUAUGGGUUGGUCCGGCUCUGGGCCCCGUCAUUGCAGGCUUUCUCGAGCUCAAGAAAGAUUGGCGCUGGAGUUUCUAUGUCUUGCUCUGGCUUGGUGGUGCGACAGCUAUCGUCAUGCUAACCAUCCCCGAGACGCAUGCUCCGACGCUUCUUCUCAAAAAGGCGCGAAGAAUUCGCAAAGCCAAGAUCCCUGGCUAUGAGAAUGUCAAGGCCCAGUCUGAAGACACUGAUCGGUCAUUGAAAGCGGUGUACAAGGUUGCACUGACUCGACCAUUCAUCAUACUCUUCGAUACCAUCUCCUUCCUGUGUGCCAUCUACAUGUCCGUUGUUUACACUUUGUUGUAUAUGCUUUUCAGCAUUUAUCCUAUCGUCUUUCAGCAACGACGAGGUUGGAACAGUGGUGUAGGAGAGCUACCUCUGAUUGGAACCGUGAUUGGUGCAUGCAUUGGAGGGUUUAUCGUGUUGAUCGAUUCACACAUUCGAAAGAAGAAGAUCGAAAAGGGCGGGAAGAAGAUAGAACCAGAAGACAGAUUGCCAUUAGCCAUGAUUGGUGGUGUUGGUUUUGCUGUGACAAUGUUCUGGUUUGCAUGGACGGCUGAAUAUACUUCUAUCCAUUGGAUUGUACCGACAAUGGCAGGCACAUUGCUUGCUACGUCCCUGAUGCUCAUCUUUGUUGCCUACUUGACAUAUCUUGUUGAUGUGUACCUCAUGUACGCCGCAUCAGCUAUUGCAGCAAACACCAUCGCGCGAUCAGCAUGUGGCGCCGCAGCACCUCUCUUUACAAACCAAAUGUUCAGCGCUCUUGGCAUAGGCGGUGGCGGCAGUCUUAUUGGCGGCGUUGCUACUGUUCUGGCUAUUAUACCGUUUUGGUUUUAUAAAUACGGAAAACAAAUUCGUAUCAAAAUCAUUGCAUUUGACCUUUACGGUACCAUCCUCUCCACUGAGUCAAUAGCAGGAGAGUUGGCAAAACUAUACGGGCAAGAUAAAGCUCAAUCUAUCGCAUCGCUCGCUAGGCGGUACCAGCUCGAGUAUACAUGGCGUGCCAAUAGCAUGGGCACUUAUCGCUCGUUUAGCGAUUUUACAAGAUGGUCAUUUCGACAGGCUACAAAGGAAAUUGGCGUCGAGCUCACUUCCGAGCAGGAAGAACGCGUGAUGGAUGCGUACAAUGGUCUUGAUACCUUUCCGGAUGUUGACGAUGCGCUUAAGAGGCUGGCAGAGAGUCCAUCUAUUGACCCUUACAUCUUCUCUAACGGCACCGUAGACAUGCUCGCCUCAUCAAUCAAGACGUCACCUUCCCUAUCACAGGCUAGCAACGUAUUUCCUCAGGAGAAGCUUGUGAGCAUCGACUCAAUUCAAGUGUUCAAGCCGGAUCCUCGUACGUACAAGUUCAUGGCCAAGACAGCAGGGCUGGAAUCGCAGCUUGAAAAGGUUUGGCUCGUGAGUUCGAAUCCGUUUGAUGUGACGGGUGCGACGGCGGUUGGACUCAAGAGUGUGUGGAUUGAUCGUAAUGGAAUGGGGUGGAGUGAUGGUCUUGCUGGUUCUUUGGAUAUUAAGCCUACAGUCAUCGCCGCUACUGUGGAUGAAGCCGUGCAGACGAUUUUGUGGCAGUCUGAGAGUGGCGAGUAG